CCCUUCGUGCCCCCGAUUUUCCCAUGACCUUUCACCUCUAUGCGAUUCGCGCGAAAAUCUUGCCGAUCUUGCAGGGCAGUGGUGCAGGCUGUUUACCAGCUUCUAGAUUUAGUUCAAGAUCGCUGUGUUCGUCUCUAGACCUUCGUCGACAAUCCUAGAGCUGACAGACAUGAGGGUACUUCCUGUUCUCAUCCUACUGCUGCCCUGGUGCAUUAUGGGCCAGCAGCCAGCAACUGAUGGGAAGACAGAGGAGCAGCUUUUGAACAGCUGUCUGGAUGGAAUGCACCACAAGCAGGUGCCAGGGCCGGAGGGUAGCCUGUAUCAGCAGUGUACCCCUUGGAAGGACCGCGCCUGUUGCCGUGGGAACGUGACAGAGAAGAUGCACCAGGACCAGCUGUUCCCCUACAACUUCCAGUGGCACCACUGCGGCCAGCUGUCCCCUGCGUGUGAGCGACACUUCAUGCAGGACAUGUGCUUCUACGAGUGUUCCCCUAACCUCGGCCCAUGGCUAGUCAAGAUACAGAUGAAGAUCCGUAAUGAGCGGUUUGUGAACGUGCCGCUAUGUGCCUCUGACUGUAACCAAUGGUGGCAGGCCUGUAAGGAUGACAUGACCUGCUCUGGAAACUGGGGGAAGGGAUGGAACUGGACAUCUGGAGUAAAUGAGUGUCCACGUGGGAACCAGUGCAAGACUUUCAAGAAAUAUUUUGGCGACGCCACAAACUUCUGUCAGAAAAUCUGGGACGGAUCCUUCACCGUAGUCGCCGACACAGAGCCGUGCAUGACGCAGUGGUUUGACGGGCUGAACCCAAACAACGCAGUCGCUCGGAAGAGAGCGAAAGAAAUCGUGCAGGCUAGCACCAGCGAGUUGUCUGCAACAGUGAGCUAUGUACUCCUUGGUGUUGGAGUCUUUCUUGCAAGGCUCUGGUAAAGUACACUAUACGGUACAUUGUAUUCUUUUACCUUAAGAACUUUUGGUUUGGGGUGAAGUACAGUCUGCUAUGCAAGAAAUACGGUUGUGACAAGUUUUGUAUAUUGUGUUGUCUUUUACUGGCCUCAAUUGUUCUUUGGUGCUUAUAAUGUGUUUUAGUGCCAUCUGUUCUUGAGUGGACAGUUUUGGUGAUAAAUCAUGACUUAGAAAGGAUAGUAGCUCUGAUGCAGGAUUUAUUUGAUUUACAUAGUACAUACUUUCCAGUUGUGUAUAUUUGCAUGCAUUGAAAAUGGGGCAUAUUCAUUCCAUAUUUUUAUUCUGCCACAGAAAAACGAGGUUCUUUUAGUUGAAACAACCGUUGUGAAACACUCUAAUGUAUAUACGAGAUCGAGAAAACAGAAUGUUUCAGAAUGAUAAAGUACCUGGCUAUUCAGGUAUGAGGCAGUGUUACUGUGAAGGAAAAGUGUUGAUCAGGUUUUCUUCUAAGGCUUAGCUUCUAUUUUAUUACUUCAGCAAGCUCACUCACACCCCAGACCCUCCACUACAAAUCUACGAUGACACUGCAUGUGAAUAUGCAUUUCCAGUACAUUACUACUGUUGUACAGAAUUGUUCACACAAAUUCAAAUAUCACAAAAAAAUGUUGGCUCCUACCAUGAUUGUUUGUUUGUUUGAACCUUUGUUUAUACAUGAUAUAAAACCAGCAUGAAAUUAUUAAGUUACAGAACAUUAGACCCUGAUGUGGACACUGAAUAUCAAUUUUUCAGUAAUGGUAAUACAAACAAUGUUAUAGUUCAAUAUCUAAGGAUGCUUUAUAGCCUACUGUGAGUGCCAUCUCUAACUAAUGCCAUAUAGUGGCAGUGCCAUACUGUAUUAUAGUCUAUAGAUGAUGUAUUUUGUGAUAGAAUGUAGAAAUGAUAAGACAAAAAUAUAGUCUUAAAAACAUGUGAAAUAUGAAACUCAUGCAAAAUCAUACAAAACAUAAAUUCUGGUACAGAAAUACUUUCAAGCCAUCAUAUCUUGAUGACAGAAUUUGGUGUGUAAAAUUAUGGCUUCAUAUCUCACUGAAUUGUUAUUGUUUGUUUAAUCAAUGUUGAAUAUAAAUGUCAUUGAGACAGCAUUUAGGUUUGACAAUACAUGUAUUGUGCAAGCAGAAUUGAAUUGAACAUUGUACAUGCGGUUACUGAAUGUACAUUGUACAAUGUCAGCUGAGUGCUACUGAAGGUUAGACAGGGUACAUCUGUAUUCCCCUGGUGUUGCCAGUCUGCCAACUCAAUUUAGAGUGGAUUACAAAGGCAUGUAAGUCAUUUUAAAAGCAAUUAUGAUGAAUAAUAGCUGAUGAUUUGUUUUGGACGUGUAUGAAGUCCCAGCUGUGUUCUGGACGUUUUGGAGCUGAUAUCGAUAAUAUUUAUGUUACAUGAAAUAUACAGAACAGUGCUUGAUGCACACUGAGUCCUAUCAUUGCUGAAGUAAGGUAGGUUAGCACUUCCAUUUAGGGCCUGGUAGAGUCAUAGAGUUAAGACAUAGUUGUUACCAGAGGUAUGCAAUUAUGAUCUACAUGUUACUUGCUUUGUAUUAAGGACAAUGUUUGCCUUUGUGUAGCCAAGUAUUAAAUGAAAUGCCAUUGUAACGUUACAAUA